ACCAAAAUCUUGAGGUCAGUGCAUGAGUGAGGUAAUCAGUGGGCCUGACCCAUGACCUUUAACCUGGACAUUUGUUCGUGUCUGGAAAGGUACCGAGCUUCUACUUCAAAGGAAGGAAUACAUGGAACCAUCUUCCCUCCUACAGUGUGGCUAUAAACCAGCAUGUCCAGACAACAGGAGAUCAUCUGUGGCCUCUCGCACGAGGUGACCAUAGCAGUCCUCCCCAGACUGAACAUGGAGGAGCUGAUGUUUGAACUCAACAGAAGGAUUCAAAACCUGGACAAAGAGGACAGCAUCAAAGACAGGCUGGUCAGUAUCCUUAGGGAUGUGAUGUCGGAGGAAUACCUUCAGUUGAAAAGGAAAGCAGAAGUAAGCAUUCCAGGAAAAGAACAGGAGACAAUCAUUAUGCAAAAGAAUAUUCCAAGGGCAUAUGCAGAAACGAUGUCAACAGAGACUUCAACUCCUGGCGCCUCACUGCAAAGUUCCGGACUAGACAUUGAGAACAGCAGGGAAAACAGCAAUAAAGUGCAUGACAAGGAGCUGGCACUUAAUGCAGUCCAGGUGCAGCUGACAGCUACACUUCCUUCUUUUCAUGGCUCCCCGGCACAAAUGAAUACUGUAGAACACUCCUGCAUUGAAGAAGAAGAAGAUGUUGCUAUGGCAACUGAGGAUGAAGCACAUAGAAGCAGUCAUGAUGAGCUGAACAUGGGCACUCCUACUUUCAGCACACAAGUGCUUAAUGCAGUUAACUCAAGGAGUAAUACUUUCACAGAGAAGCCUGUGGAAGAUGAUAAACCCUGUGAGGAAACAGCCUUUGCCGCUUGUGAAACGACUCCAGACAACACUGAAAGACAUGCAUGUAUAAAAACGGAAUGCCAUGUGUCCGAGGAUGAUCGAAUUUCUCUACCGUCCAGCCAGAAUCAAAAUGAACGUUAUACUGAUGACAGAGAGACUGGUUUGAUAAAUGGUGAGCAUGAGAAAAGUCCCAAAGUGAAUAUUGAGGAGACUCCUUCUACUUGUUGUAAACUGACUCCACACUGGACUUGUAAGAACUCGAGAAUCGAUAUCGGUGGAUUUAAUACAUUGAAUGCACAGAAACACUCCAAGCACAGGCAACGUCACAAAACAGGAGAAAAGCCUUUUAUGUGUGGUGAAUGUGGUUAUAGGGCAUCAGAUAGGACCAGACUUGUCGAUCACAUUAGGACACACACUGGCGAGAAACCGUUCAAGUGCAACCAAUGUCAUUAUCAGGCGUCACUUAAAAGUUCGCUCGUCAAGCAUAUGAAAAAACACAGUGACGAGGAACCUUACCGCUGUGAACUUUGUGAAUACAAGACCUACCGUGGGGCACACAUUGAGAGACAUAUGAAGUACCACGCUGGUGUGAAACCCUACAAAUGUGAGGAAUGUGGCUAUAGGACAGCUGAUAAGGGUAAUCUUACAAAACACAUGAGGUGUCACACCGGUGAGAGACCCUACAGUUGUCAAGAGUGUGACUACAAGGCAAGUCAAAGAAGCAGCCUCGUCUGGCAUAUGAGAACCAAGCACCAAUGUAAAUGAAAAGUCGCGAUCAUUUUGUUUCUAAGAAAGUUUGUUUCUAUAAUAUAAAUUUUGAGUUGACCUCUUAUGAUUUGGCAUAAAAGUUGUGUUUUUUCAUGUAUUUACAGGGAAGUAAAAGUAUAACAACAAUUGAUUGUAGAUGGAGAGUAUUCUUGUAUUGAAUUUUGUUGAUAUUAGUAUUACAAACUGUGUUUCAAUAAGUACCAAAUUCAAUAAAGCUUAACAUUGGCAAGCUUCUGUACUCAUAUGUUGAUAUAUUAAGUCACAUAAAGUAAAUCUUUUGGAUGAUAUCAGAGCGCUCGUCAAUUUUUGCCAAAUGUUGAAGAAAAAAAGAAGAAUUCUUCCCCUCCGGUGAUGCUCAAAAUGACAAGAAGAAACCAAAAUGGAAAAAUA